CAUUUGCAUAUUAUUUGCAUAAUCUGCACGCCACCAAUAACUUGUAACUUGCUAUCGCAAUUCACAAUUUAAAAAAGGAAUGACCGAGGACAGUGGGAUGUUCAUCUGUAAUUUUGCAUCCAACGGCUCUGCCGACGAUUUUCUACGAAGCAGGUCUUGAAACAGCAGGUCGCAACAGAAGAUCUAACAGGUAUUCUCCGCCUUAGCUUUGAUGGACGGGCUUUCCAUUGUCGAAAGACAGCAGUUAACCUGUCUUCGUCAAAGUUUCUCAAUUGCCUUGCUCUCAAUAAUAAAUGAGUUGCAACUGACUUGGAAUUAAAAAAGUUGCAAAUGACUCCGAACCUAUCAUGGACUAAACAACGACUAUUAAAAUGUGAAGUAAAUUUUACGAGAGAACGGAAAUCAGUUUUCACAGCAUGAAGGUAGCCAUUCUUAGUUGGAUUAUGCUGUGCUUUAUGGUACAGCAAGAGUCAGAAUGCAAAAGAAUCCAGAGAAGGCGGCCUGUAGAAGUACUAAGUCCAUGGAAAAAUAACAAAUCGAUUCACAAAGUUAAAGGCGAGGAGAAACGAAGUGCAAUAACGCGAUCAAAACUGGUUAAAACUCACACGGAACAAAUGCUUCACAGGAAACACGGACACAACACACCCUUGAAAGAGAAAAGAUCAUCUAACUAUUCCGAAGACUUCGGUUGCUGUGGGACUGCCACAGCAAUAGGCACGAGGAAGGAUGUGUUGGUAAGAAAUCCUAAGAAUGUCCACUUUGCCAAGAAGAUCAUAGUUGGUAACCGAUUUCGACAACUUUUAAAAGCAUUGUAUCGAGAUCAUUCAAAAGAUGCUCAGGCCAUCAAACGAAAAAUAAACGAUGGGCAUUUUCAGCUGUCGGGAUCAAAAGGAGAAGAGGAGGACGCCAAAGUCAACAUAUAUAACAUAGAGGACAGAUCUGAUGCGUCCAAAAACAAAACCAUAAUUGAACUUCGCGCUGCAAUUCUCAAGCUUUUGGAUAAGGUCGUAAAAAAGGCUAAGUCUGUACACAUUGCUAACAAAAAAGAUCAUAGACAAAAUUUUCCAAGUCAAGUGUCCGAAAAAAGACAUUCUAGCAAAACUGCCAAGACAGAAAUUCAAGAGAGUUACAAGGAUACAACUCAUACACCUUUAAACGAUGACGAGGAACUUUCUGCAAAGCGUGCGAACUAUUUGGAUCUCCUUAACUUCAUUGCACGAAUGAAAAGCGAGGAAAUCGGACCGGAUUUGGCUUCUCGCCACGGGUUGACAAUGCCUACUAGUUUAAACGGUGUGGACUUUAAUGGAUUGAACGGCAUGGUGAAUACGCGAGAUGUGAUGAAACAGAAUUCCUUCCCUUCAAUGUCGCCAACGUCCGAAUAUGCUCAAAAUGGCCUCUUGCCAGGAAAUGGUCUGCAAAUGCAAGAAAUGAACCUAGCAGAGCAGAGAAAACUAAUUGAAGACCAGAUGGAGAAUCACAUCGCUCAACUCCAGAUGAAAGCUAAACUACAGGAAGACCAGCAAGAUGCAGCUCCAAUGCAAAGUCUUCGAAACUUUCAAAUGUCGAAUUUCAUGGGAGCUCUUCAAACUCCCAUGACUACCCAGUCAGACGGGCCAACUCCAUUUGGAUUUAGAGUACAACCUAUGUUUCACCAACCGUCUUUCCUUCCCCGUGUAAAUCCAUAUUUACCUUUUGCUAGACCCCUCUCAAGGCUUAGGACAGGGCUACCCUUCUUUAGGCCAGUGACUCCAAGAGUUAGAUAUCCGCUGGGCAAUCAGGACGAAGAUGACGAUGACGAAGAUGUCGACGAUGACAGUGACUAUGAUCGUGAUCGAGAUGAACCUCCGCCACCUCAUCUGGACCGUGGCUAUGAAGACGUUGACAAAGAUGAUGUCGAUGAGGAGCAAAGUGACGCUGAAAAUGACGAAAGAUAACAUCGCUAGUUGCUCUGUUGUACAGUUAUAAUAUUAACGUAGUGCCUAAUACUACUAUGACUCAAUUGAUAUGCGCGGGCAUUCACUUGUAAAUUUGAGGCUUAUCUUCUCCUGGAAAACAUGUAUGAGAAGUCUCUCGUUCAUAUGGUUCAUGUUUAUCCUUCUUGCUGACAAAUUUGUCAAUUUGACAUUUUUCACUAUGGUUUAAUAAUUUACAGCAUCCAUUUGAAAAAUGUAAAUAUCUCGAACAUACAGGGCGUGGGUUGUUCACUGAUCGUGUGAAGGGGUUCACUCUGGCAUUUAGAAGUGUUCAGUAGCACCCAGUUCCA